AUGAAUCGAUCCACAGAUAUCGCCCAUCGAAUCUUCGAGCAAUUUGGAUCGCGUCCCGGAAGUUUUAAGGUAGCGACAGAUUUUGGACAUGUGACUCCCGUUCCGCAAACGUGGCAACAAGGAAGCGAAAGGCGUAAAUCCCUUGAUGAGCAGCGACUCGUCCGACACGGAUCCAGCUUUGAUGAUGAGUAUGGACCCCAGCGCACCAUCGAGCCCCUCGACCUCGGGGUCACUUGGGAGCGAAGGACUCGGGGUGAGUCAACGACAUCUACAUCUCCCAGCACUCCGGCAGCCCCGGCAGCCCCGGUGGCCCCCGCGACAUCUAAACCUGCUCCGAUUCUUGACCGGCGCGGCGACCCACUUCUACCGUUCACCGUCUCGAAUGGGAUGCCGAUUGUUGGCGAUAGAUACCUGGAUCGUAAAGACGAUCUCGACUACCAGAAUUCUGAUCCGACGCGAGGAUGGUACCGGGACAUUGACAUCAGCACGCCCGAGCACAACAGCGCGACGCUCGAGGUCAUGAACGCCGCGCUCGCCGCCGCGAUCUAG